AUGGGAUGGAGAGUAGGGAAUUUAGGGGAAGUGGAGACUUCCGCUACCAGCUCUGGGCAACAGAAGGGGUUAGAGGACUAUGCGUCAAAAAGGGGAGGUGUCGAAAAGGAGAGGUUCCGUUUGGACAUCUGCGACGAACAGUCCCCAUGUAAAUGCGAAGGUGUGCGUAAUUAUUGGAAAUUUCCGGGUAAAACCUCCUAUUUCGGCAAGGUCAAUAACCAUCCCUUCCCUCCGGUUACUCAGGAUGUUUUGAAAAAUCGCAGUUACUCGAAUAGAUCUGCUUACAUCAUUUUCUAUGCUAUCAUCGUGUGUAUGGCCAUAGUGGUCGCCACGUGCUGCCAGUUCCUUAUAAGAGAACAAAAGAAGAAGAGCAAGCACAUGCAGAUGCUGUCAGGGCUGAGACCAUGGAUGUACUGGAUAACAGCCUUUUUAUGGGAUGUUAUUUGGUACAUUGUUAGUAUGGCAGCUUUUAUCGGCACUUUCUAUGCUUUCGACAUCGAGGCCUAUACGAAGAGCUUUGAUACGAUACUCGUAUUGCUGUUGGCAAUGUCAUUGUAUGGAUGGACAGCUAUUCCUUUUACCUACUGGUUUUCCUUCGCUUUCACUUCGGCACCUAAGGGUUUUACGAUGAUUGUCAUGUACAACAUCAUAACUGGUAUGACUGGAUCAAUUGCCAUUCCAAUCAUCCAGCGAGUAGUAAGCAAUGAUGCUGCCUAUACAUGGAGCGUCAUAUUGUCAUUCGCUUUCCCCACAUACAGUAUCUCCAACGUUUUCACUGUUGUCUACAAUAAUGAGUUUGGUAGACAAGCUUGUGCAAUGCUUGAUUGCUCUAUUCCACUCUACAAUGCCAGCGAAAUAUGUUGUGGCCAGCCUGAAGACAGGAUCUACACCGAUCAUAUUCUCACGGACACGGGAAAAUUAGGCAUCUUUUACCCGAUAAUCUUCUUUGCUAUAGAGGGUUUUAUUUACUGGUUCCUUGUUAUCUCUCACGAGUACAACUUUAUCACUCGUCUUAUAGCGUUCUGUAAAUGGAACAAGAAAAAUCGAAUAGGAGAUUCGCAGUAUGAAAACUGGAGCACAGAGCCUGAAUUGUAUACGGGUGAAGACAGUGAUGUUUUGGCUGAGAAAGUUAGAGUCAAAGAAAUGCAAAAGGAUGGGGCUGCUGUCAUAGUUGAUGACCUCAAGAAAUGGUAUGGUGACUUCAACGCUGUAAAAGGUGUGACAUUCCACGUAAAACAAGGCGGAUGCUUUGGCCUCUUGGGAGUAAACGGAGCUGGAAAAACAUCUACUUUUCAAAUGUUGACAGGAGAAAAUGGCAUUAGUGAUGGAGAUGCUUUUGUCAAUGGUUGGAGUGUGAAAACUCAUUGGAGGGAGGCUGGCGCUAACAUCGGAUAUUGUCCCCAGUUUGAUGCUAUUCUUGAAGAAAUGACGGGUGAAGAAACGCUCUACAUGUUUGCAAGAAUUCGUGGAACUCCAAGAAAGCUGAUCCCUGAGAAGGUCGAUGCUGUCAUCUACACUAUUGGUAUCGGAAUGUACGCAAAGAGGCAAAUCAAGGGCUACAGUGGUGGUAACAAACGUCGUCUCUCGCUUGGCAUAGCGCUGAUAGGACUACCACCAGUGCUUUUGUUGGAUGAACCCACAACAGGAGUGGAUCCAAAAGCGCGUAGAAUCAUCUGGAAUAUCCUCGCAAGGGCCCAAGCGUUAGGCACAUCUUUGGUACUAACAUCGCAUAGUAUGGACGAAUGUGAAGCACUGUGCACCGAGUUGGCGAUAAUGGUCAAUGGAAGGUUCAAGUGUUACGGUAGCUGUCAGCACAUCAAGAGUAGAUACGGUGCUGGCUUCACUUUGCUCAUUCGUCUUCAUCGAGCUGAAGAAGCAGAGAGCACCAAAGCUGAAGUUAUAAAGACAUUUCCAGGUGCCAUCCUUAAAGAACACCAUCUUUUGCAUCUGAACUAUGAGUUGCCUAAGCGACCUGGAGUGUCUUGGUCUAUGCUUUUUAAUGACCUUGAAAAUUUAUCUCGAAGACAUGAUUUCGAAGAUUAUUCACUCAGCCAAACAACGCUGGAACAGGUAUUCCUCGAAUUUUCUCGAGAUGCUGCCAAGACCAAAAAUGUUGGAUAUUCGGAAAUUCCGCAGCGGAAUGGUUUUGUAAAUUACCAGAUGACCAAUGGAACACCUGCACAAGAGCAGCAAAGCAAUAAUAAACUUGCUGAUGAAUUCUUGUCAAAACUUGGUUCCUCUACAAUCUACAAUUUCUUCCAGCUGUGCGAUACACUAUUGAAGAAGAAGAAAACUUUAUUAAAGACACAAUAUGAUUUCACUUAAAUCUGCAGCGAUAAAAGCAUUGAAUCAACAAAUCAAUGGAACAGAAAACAUGAAUUUUUCUGGAAUCACAAGCGAAAAUUCAAGUAGUAUUGAAGAUGGCCUGAAAAAGAAUGAUGCGAAGCUCGCCAACCUCGAAAAGGAAAGGCUUAUAAAAAUGAAAAAACUAGAGACCAUGGUCGCCAACAGUAUUGGGAAUUACACGAAACUAUCGAAAGAGAUGAUUCAGCUUAAAGAAGAGAUUUUUGGGAUCGCGACAGUGGCUGGAGAACUUCUAACCGUUCCAAAGUGUGAGUCUGUUGAAAAAUCCGUUGAAAGCUUGUUGUUUUCAUUCAUGCCGCCUGUAAUAGCAAAAAUACUGAGGUGUAUUGUAUAUAUUCCAAGGUACAUGAAUUUUUGGUAAUCAGUGGUAUUAUUUACCCUUUGAUUCAACUGGCUUGGCUGCUGGAGGACGGGGCUCGUGACCUAAUUAAGGCUAGGU